UUGUGCCAUUAACUGAGGCUUCAUCAUCAUCAUCAUCAUCAAGGUCGUCAUCGUCACCAUCAUCAUCACCGCCUCCACGGUGCCUCUGGGGUGUCGGGGGUGCUAAAGACCUCGGUCGCCAUGGACAAGGGAGGCGGGUCCGGCGGCUGGGACGCCGGUGAGAAAACGAAACCUGCGGACGCCGAGGACGCCGGCGAGGCGAGGAAACCCGCCGGCGACAACGCACCGCCGCCGCCCGGCAUGGACCCCGACUACGUCGAGUUCACCUCCUCGCUGCAGAGCGCCUCGGCGCGAAGCAGUUCGACCGUGGCCCCCGAUUCCGCCAGUGGGAGCGGAACUGCACUGCACACUCGGCUGGCGGAGGUGCUGAACGAGAAGCUGCUGGACCCUCUCUGGGACACGUACCACCAGGGAACCGAGAUGGUUCAGGUAAACGUCGUCGAUCCAGUCAGAUACGCGUACUCAAAGAUGACCGCCGACAACGCUGCCGGACUCGUGCAGGCGAGCCAGACUAUGUCGAAACUGCACUUCAAAUACGUAACCAUAGAGGUGCUUGGACCGUUAUUUUCAGAACUCAAUGGUAUGCACUCUAGUUCCCCAUUCAACCGGUUCCUACCAGCAUUGCUGGAACUCGUGCUCGAGCAGUUUGCGGAGCUGUCUCGAGAUUCAGAGCCCGUAGAAAGUUUGCCCGCUCCUAACAUGCACGUCGUGGACCCGGUGAGCCAGGCGUACCAGGACAUGUCGGCCAAGGCGACGGAACUUGUGCAGACGCGCGUGAUGGACCCGGUGAACCAGGUGUACGAAGGAGCACCUGCUUACUUUCAGAACACCGUGGUGGAGCCAAUCAAGGACGCGUACAACCGCGCAGCCGACAUGUACGACCAGAACGUGACCAAGCCUGCCGCUAAAGCUGCCGGAAGCUUCACCGACUUCCUGAAGAGCUACAGCGUCUGGAAGGACGACAAAGAGGGUCAGAUGGAAGAGGCCUAUAGAGGCGAAGGACAUAAAGGCGGAGAUCACAAAGCCGGCGACUCGAAGCCACCAAAAACUGAGGAGCCUCGUUCCCCACCGAAGCUGCCCGAAGGUACGAAAGUGCCCGAGCCUCAAAAGAGCACCACGGAGGUGCCGCUGAAGCCAGCGCUCAAGCGACGAGACUCGCUGACGAUCGCGACGCAAAAGCGAGCCGACCACGGAGGCGACGGAGGCGCAGCAGUCAAGAGCCCCGAUCGGCAAGCCGAGGGCGGCAAGGGCUUCCCUGAGGCCGGCCACAAGGUCAAGUUCGGCUACGAGGAGGUGCGCACGCUGCCACCGGAGAAGAAGCGCGACAAGCACGACUUCAACGACGUUGUCGAAGACCAGCUGGGCAAGAUCACCACCAAGCCGACGUCACAGAAAGACUCCAAGGAGCUUAUCGACGCCAUGUUGAAGGAAGCCAUGGAAGCCAAAUCCCGGGAGGAGAAGAAGAAGCGGGAGACGAAAGUAUCCGAAGAGCCGGAUCUCGGGAAGACCGCGGGAAAGGCGGCGUUGUCCGGUAAGAGCGUUGCCGGUUGGGUGGCCACUCCGGAAGAGAUGCAAGAGUACCGGAAGUUCCAGGACAUGCUACACAGCAGAGACAAGUCGGGCAAGAAGGGGGACGAAGGCAGCGCCAAGGGCGACAGGGGUCCCGCACACGACAAACUGGAGGUGCAUAAACCGGCAGGCGGAGCUGCGAAGCACCAUGAGGAGGGUCACAGGCCUGAAGCCAAGCCGGGUGACAAGCACGGCGGGAAGGAUGAGGCGCACAAGAAAGCCGAAAGCGGCAAGAAACCGGACGCGGGCAAAACGGGGGGCAAGCCGCCCGGCGACCAAGCCGGUGGCAAGACGGAAGCCAAGCCGAGCGGGAAGCCACACGCUGUGGCGCCGCCCGUCGCCGGUCUCGCUCCCGCUGGUCACGGGCCGACUUACGGUCGCGGGCCAGCUCACGAGACAGGCGCCGCUACCGUCAAGAAGUCCAGCUCCUGGACGAAGGCGCUCCGACGCUUCUUCCGCCGGAAGCCGGCCGACGAAGAGAGCUCGGAAGAGGAAGGGGUGCAGUAUCGCGAAAUGGACGAGGAGUUUAUCGAGUGCGCCGAGGACUUUGGCGCCGCCGGUGAAGUGGCUCAUGGCGCCGGCAAGGGCGGGGCCUCCGGCGGUGCUGCUGACGCAGAUGCGGCGGCGUCUGCUCCCAAGCAGUACAAGCUCAACGCUUGCCUACUCGUCACUUCCGGCGCCGUCAUCUUCGUCGUGCUCCUCGCCGUCCUGCUGUCGGGCGACCUGUUCGACGACCUGGACAACAGCGUGCCCACUUUCGCAAUCGACACGGGCAAGGUGGUCAACUUCCUGGACGACGCGGGUUUUCUCGGGGCGGGCAUGAACUCCUCGAUAAUGGGCAAGCCUGGCUCGUGGAGACCUCUGCUAGAGAGACCGGCCAACGACAGCCUCGUCCUGUUGCUCAGGGGGCUGGCACCGGCCGUGCUUCGGUUUGCGGGUCACGAGACUGACCACUUCUACUUCGUAGAAGGAGAGGAGGACGGCAAUUCCAGUCGCGGUGGGAAAGAGGAACACGGAGGAACGGACGAAGGGGGACUGGCCUCGCGAGGCAAGUAUAUGCGCGACUGUAUACACAUUCACAUGAGACAGUUUUGGCUUGUCCGUAUAUUGUUAGAGACUUUUAGCCUUUCCGCUAUUCCGGCAAACGAGGGCGGUUUCGGCGGAUUGCCGGAUUUGCGGGAGCGUAAACGUGAGCGGCCGGAGCGGUGCACCCGCCUGGUGGCUAGAGUUAAACCAGACAAACACAGAGCUAAAAUUGCAGUAACCUACUAUACCCUGCUUCGCUGCUGGUGCAAAUAUUCGCCAGCGGCGUAA